UAGAAAAUGGCCAAAACAUUAUCUUGUAAAAUCGGUCCAUCUAUUUUGAACGCUGAUUUAUCGCAGUUGUAUAAUGAAUCUCAAAAGUUGGUAGAUAGUGGAGCAGAUUAUUUACACUUAGAUGUUAUGGAUGGGACUUUUGUUCCUAAUCUAACUUUUGGACAUCCAGUCGUGAAAUGUUUAAGAACUAAGUUACCUAACACUGUGUUUGAAACACACAUGAUGGUUCAAAAUCCAAUUCAAUGGAUUUCUGCUAUGGCUGAUGCUAACGUGGAUCAAUACACAUUUCACAUUGAGCCAUGUGAUGACGUUCCUUUAGUAUGCCGUAAAGUCAAAGAAGCUGGCAUGAAAGUAGGCUUAGCAAUAAAACCUGGCACUCCGGUUACAUGUGUUGAAGAAUAUAUAGAUAUGGCUGAUAUGAUUUUAGUGAUGACGGUUGAACCUGGAUUUGGUGGUCAGAAAUUUAUGACAGACAUGAUGCCAAAAAUUGAACUUUUGAGAGAAAAAUAUCCCACAWUGGACAUUGAAGUUGAUGGAGGUAUUGGUCCAAAUAACAUCGAUGUUUGUGCUAAGGUAAAAAGUGAACUAUAAUUAAGUGAACUACAUUUAAUUACAUUUUUUACUAAAUAUUCUUGGAGUAYUAAAUCCUAUUUUAGCAAAAAAUGCCUCAUUUAGAUUGGAAGUUGAUGUUCUCAUGUAAUAUUAAUGUAUAAUAACCAAGGCUCAUAAGUUCAUGCAUCUGCAUGUUUUUUCUGCUACWCAGGAAAACAUGCUAACUGAGAUACAAAUCCGUUUCAUAACAGUAGUAACAAUAAUAUGAAGUYAAUAUUCUAACUUUCCUAAAAAUAACCAAACUUUAUAACCU